AUGACUACGAUGCGGUAUGCGCUGGAAACUUGUGAUUGGUCGAACCUGGUGACUCCAGUCGGCUACUGCCACAAAAGGCUACGCAGCUGGCGUGAAGCCAGCCAAGAGGCCCACACGUGUGGCACUUGCGUGGUCACCACGGUGUUUAGAGCUCUCGACUUCAUCAACGAACCUCAGUUGCCCAAUCAAGGUGACCCGUUUUUUCCGCCCUCACCCCGUCCGUACCAAAAUUUGUAUUCUCGCCACACGUCGUCCCUUCGAGUCAGUCAGUCGAGAAAGCGCCGUCCGGGCCUCAACCGCAGUUCGCUUACACCAGUCCAGGAACCUCACGCAGCCAUGAAGAGCGACUUCAUCGGCGGCACCAUCGCCGUGAUCUCGGCCUUCAUGUCCAUCUUCGGUGUGAAUCUGCAGAAAUACUCGCAUGACAAGGAGGAGCUCCGUGCCGUACAACGUCCGUACACAAAGCGUCCGAUCUGGUGGGUGGGUAUGUUCUGCGUCGUGGGCGCGUCUCUCGGCGACUUUUUGGCGCUGGGCUUCGCGCCUCAGACGCUCGUGGCUUCACUCGGAGGCGGCUCCACCAUUCUAGGCAACUGCCUCAUGUCGCACUUCUGGCUCAAGCAGAGUUUGUACCUGACGGACAUUGUGGGCGUCGGCUUCGUGUCCUUGGGCGUCGUGGUGCUCGCUGCAGCCAGUGAAGAAGACGAGGGUCACUACCAGAUGGACCAGAUCUAUGCGCUUAUGGAGGCAGCGCCAUUCAUUCUGUACGCGCUUAUCACGACGGCCUUCUGUAUGACGCUGUACAUGCGCGCACGUCGCUCCAAAGCUCCAGCGCUGCGUGUGGCCAGUAAUGACAAGGAAGAUGCGCGUGUGGACGACGUUCAGGAGAAGAAACGUGAACUCGCAUCCAAGCAGAAGAACUCGGAAGGGUCGCCAGCAUUGGACGAGCCAAGUAAGAGCAAGGGCGCGAUGAUGUCGCCCUUCCCGUCGCCCAUUUUCGGAAACCACUUGUCGCUCUCGCCUAUGGAUAAUGAAGUGAGUGAUCAUCUGGAGGAGAUCGAGUUGUCGAGCCUAAAAGUCGGCAAGUACCACGAGAGCGAGAUCGAGAAACACACGCUUAUUAUUGACCCAAAACUGCCACUAUACUGGGCGGCUAUCUCCGGUACAAUUGGCGGGCAGUCGGUGCUGCUCGCCAAGUGUGUGGUGGAGCUCAUCUCUUCAACUGUAUCGGGAGAUAACCAAUUUCAGUACUUUGGUACAUAUGUACUGUGUGCGGGUAUGGCGGCCACGUUGCUGACCCAGACGCACACACUCAACCUGGCUACCAUGGUCGGAGACACCAUGUCGUCCUACCCGGUGUUCCAGGGCUUCUGGAUCACAAUGAGUAACAUCAGCGGCGUCGUGUUCUUCCAGCAAGCAGGCAACUUCACCAGGACCCAGUGGGUUAUGUUCCCUACUGCAAUUCUCUUGGUGGCCAUGGGUAUCUUUCUGGUCUCAAAGCACGAGAAAUUCGGCAAUUUUGUCAAAUACUCGAUCGCCAUGCCCAUCAGCCUCAGCAGCCCUCGCCAACACGAUAUUGUGGCCCAGUCGUUCGUCUUCCGUGUGUCAACGCCCCAGAAAUUGCAGGAAGAGGAUUACGCCAGCAGCACGGAGAGCAGUGACAGCCCGGACGAACACUCCAGGCGAACAUUGGAAGUAGUAUAGGCUUAGCUGACUCGGUUUGGCACUUUUAAUGAAAAACCCUUAAGAAAAGGGGCUGAAGAAGCUAGUGUGGUGGCGAAGCUCUGCGUAAUAUAUUCUUCGUAGUGAAUUGGUAAUAUU